AUGAAGACGUGCGGCAGCGUCGACACCAAGAAGCUAGACCCGAAAGAGGAGUUUCCUGUCAUUGCUCAAUGCAGUCUUCAGCUCAGGCAUGGUGGUUUGAACGACGAUGUCGAUAUCAGUGGUGUAACGAUGAGGUUGUCCAUGAAUCUUCAGAGCAAGGCCGCCGGCAACGGUCCAAGGGAUAUGGUUUUGGUCCAGAAGCCGGCCGAGUGGGUCAAGGGUGUCCAAGAGUUUGAAGAAGUUGACGUCGAUUUCAGACUCUUUCUGAAGCAUCGCCGACUCCUCUUGGCUGUACCAACCCUUUUUAAUGUCUCGGCCGACUAG